CCAAACCUAUUCUCUCGAUUCUUCACCGUGAAUGGCGCCGCCAUCUUCAGAUUCUUCAUCACUCCCUCAGGACCACACCACCGAUUCCGAUCACCACCUUCAUCUCCAACCACUACUGGAAUCUGCCCGUCCAUUUCUCCGCGGCGAGCUCCAAGAUGUCGACGCAAAUCUGCCACGCCUCAUAUCGGUGCUCCAGGCCGCCGGCGCCGGCGAGUGCUGGCACAAGCACGGUAGCUUCCUCGACCAUCUGAUCGGCGUCUACCGGAUACUCAAGAUGUGGAAAGCCCCCGACGAGGUCUGCCUGUGCGGCCUCUUCCACUCCGCCUACUCCAAUUCAUACGUCAACCUCGCCAUCUUCCCACCUUCCUCCGCCGGCCGCCAAACCGUCCGCUCCCACGUCGGCCCCGCCGCGGAGCGCCUGAUCCACCUCUUCUGCGUCGUCCCCCGCCAGCCCCUCAUUCACGACUUUCUCCUCUUCCAGUACACUGAUCAGGAGCUCGUGGAUCACCUCCGAUCGUCGGAGAUCAGCCUUAGAAAAAUCAUCGACGACGGAGGAGAGAUCGAAGCGGAGAUCUGGAGGGCGAAACUCCAGUCAAUUUGCCCGGCGGAAGGGAUUAAAGUGAAGCACAUAAAAACAGGCGAAGACGUGCUUGUUUCCCGGAGGCUCCUCGCCGUUUUCCUUCUGAUGACGGUGGCGGAUUUCAGCGACCAGCUUUUCGGGUUUCAGGAUGCUCUGUUCGGAAACUCCGACGGCCGCCUCGAGUUUUCCGGCAACAACACACUGACAUCUCUGUGGCCCGGCAACGGCAAGCCGGGGCUGUGGAUGAACUCGGUAUCGAGAAUGGCGGCGAUAUACACUUUGAUAGUGAGAGAAGAAAAAAUAUACAUGAGUAGCACAUCGAAAUUAAAAGAUAAUAUUAGAGAAGACGAAGAGUUGGAGCUGGUGAUUCCGCCGGUGUUCGAGGGAUGCACCAGGGUUCUUGAUUCGGAGGAUCAGAUAGCAGCAAGGGAUAUGUACUGGGAGGCGGUGUGCAAUGCGGCGGAGAUAGGGUUGGAGAAGGCGGAGGAGCUGCUGUUGAAGAGUGUGGAGAAGAAUCCAUUUGUGGGGGAGGGAUAUGUUGUGUUGGGGCAGAUUUAUUUGGGGGAAGGGAGGUUUGAGGAGGCGGAGAUGGCGGCGGAGAGAGGGCUGAGAUUGAUGCUCCAGUGGGGGAGUCCAUGGGAUAAGAGGAUGACGUGGCAGGGUUGGGUUGCUUGGGCUAGGGUCUUACUCAUGAAGUCCAAGGAUAAAUCAUGGCCUCACAAUCCUUGGGGUAUUCUCAAUUUGGGCCUCGUUACUUAAUAAUUAAUUACCCAAUUUUCAACAAUAAAUAAAUGAAUAAGGAAUAAAUUAAAAAGAACUUUUAUUGCUAUGUACUUUGAUCAAUUAUUAAUAAUAAUAAAAGUGAUUAAUGAAGUUUUAUCGAA